UUUUGGAAUUGGUUAUAAAAUAUACCGAUGUCCAGUGUUGACUCAAUCUUUACAGUUAUUUAUCGAUAAAGAUUAGUCAGUGACAAAUUCGAAAGCGGACAACGUGACCUCACUCUGCGCUUGUUUUUCUCUCUCUAAAUUAUUACGUCACUAAUGUAGAUCUAGACCAACAAAGUGGCUAGACGUUGCUUAUCGCAUCCAGCAUUUCAAAAGUCCUUUUUGUAUCUGCAGGCUGGUCGACACUAGAAUCAAUCGGUUUGUCACUCCCUGUGAGGGAGGCUGUGGUCGUGCACUGCGUGUUUGCCAUAGAUUACCUGUUGUGCAUGCCAAUUUGCGUGCUAUUUUCAAACGCCACGACCAACGGCGUUAGCUGAUCGCCCAGCUUUGACGUCUUUGGCCUCAGGAAGUCCACAAAACCAGGAAGAGAAUAGUUUCAUCGUUCGGAUACCGUCCAGUAUUUAAGUGAUUGUUAUCGCUUGACAUUGAGCUGUUUGAAAAGAUUGCACCAUUCACUCCGCGGUAAAAGAAACUCUUUAGAAUGACUGGCAAAAAAGAAAUGGAUAAACCGCAAAUAUUAGCUCCUUCUCUUUUCGGUAGCUGUCGCUUAACCAUUACGAUGAUGUGCUUGGUGGCAUCGUUCAACUCCUUGUUAAUGACCAUCAAUUUAGGGAUGGUAAUAGUGUGUAUGAACAAAGGAGAUCAUGGCAAUUGCACAAGCGAUUCGGGAAUGUCUGCUUCCAACAACACAAGCGAUUCGGAGUUUCAGGAUCAAAGCACGUGCGGAUACAAUACAACAGAGGAAUCCGACGUCAGAUGGGACAAGAAUGAGCAAGGAAUGUUGUUAAGCGCUACGUAUUAUGGAGUGGUAUCUAUGCAGCUUCUCACCGGUUGGCUAUGCGAUAAAUUUGGAAAGAUGAAGUUUCUAAUGAUCGGUGGGAGCACCGUACUGGGCAUAGUGUCCGUCCUAUCGCCACUGAUUAUUCAAUAUGCCGGUGUACCAUUUUUCUUUGCCGCUCGCGUCGUUAUGGGAGCUUGCAUGUGUUUCAUGAUAUCGCCAGUCUUACCUUUGCUGAGGCGCUGGACAACUUCUAAAGAGCAAGGGUUUUUGGUUGGUUUAGCUUUUGCUGGCGUCGGUUUAGCAAAUGCGGCUACAUAUCCGAUGACUGGUUUAAUCUGCGAGCUUGGUGGAUGGAGAUCUAUUUUCUACUUUUGUGGAAUAUGUGGCAUCUCAUGGAGUGUGGUGGCCUUUUUUCUAGUUUAUGACGCGCCAGGAAGGCAUCCCCGCGUCAGCGUUGAGGAAAAGCAAUAUCUUGUGGCUACGCAACUUCAAAGUUUAUCAAAGAAAACGAAAACGGUUAUUCCCUGGUCAAAAAUACUUUUAUCCGUACCAGUUUGGGCCGUGAUUACCACUAACUUCUUCUUCUUUGCAGCCACGAAAGGAACGGUAAUCAAUUUACCGCUAUUCGUCAGAGAUGUCCUUGAUUUCAGCGUCACUGAGAACGGAAUUUUUUCCGCAAUGCCUUCAGUGGUUGCGUUAUUGCUUCAUUUAGUAAUCGGACCACUUUUUGACUGGGUACGAGCCAAAAAAAUAUUUACAGUCACAGUCGUCAGAAAAACGUUUCACGUCAUAGGCACUUUAUUCCCAGCGAUAUUGAUGUUCGUCGUCAGCCAACUCCCGUCAGAGCAGAAAUACAUAAUCAUUGGUUUAAUCACGAUUGGCUACGCAAUGUUCGAAUUCGCCUGGAUGGGAGGCUUUUCGUUCGCCUUCAUGGAUAUGGCUCCUGACUAUGUGGGAAUCAUUCAGGGUAUCAACAACACGAUAGGUCUCAUGCCUGGAUUCAUAAUGCCAGUCGUCAUUUCUAAUAUGACUCCAGAUGGGACCUCUGAACAGUGGAGCUACGUGUUUAUUAUGUUUGGUGGAUUGUAUACUGUAGCAUGUUUGAUAUUUCUGAUAUUUGGAAAUUCAGAAUUGCAGAGUUGGGGCAAAGCAAAAGACCCUGGUAACAUUCAAAUAGCCAAAUCCCUCGAAACCAUGAUCGUGUGAUAAAAUGCAUGUAUAGGAAAAAUAAAUUCUUGAUCUCUGUUAGGAUCAUUUAAA